AACUGAGAUUCCAACUCGGGAGAAGCUGGGGGUGGUUUGUGUUGGGUCAAGCCUGUGAUUGGACUGCAGAGUCCACUAGGGAGGAGGAAAGCCGAAGUAAAAAGCAAAGAGCGUUUUACUCCCCAGCCUCACCCCCGACCCCAAUGCAUGCUCACCCAGGCCUACAAGAGGGUGCAGCUACUAGCCUGGAGAGGACCAGUGUGUGACGGGUGAUGGUAACAGAUGGACCCAAGGAGCUCUCUACCCCAAGUCGACCUGCAAGGCCUGCAGGGACGGGCUUGCCAACAGCUGGACUUGAUCACUGACUUCCAAAGUGAGAUCACCCAUCUAGGGGAAUAACAAGCUGGCUUGGCUUUCAGGCUGUUUUUAGAGGAUUUUCAAAGCAGUGGCUAGAAAGCAGGAGACCACCUCCUGGAUCCUUGGCUUUUUUUAGCACAACAGAGGAGAUCCCACCCCUGGGCGAUUUGCGCGACAAUGAUGGCCCUUCCUCGAGCCUCUGCUGUCCUGGUUCUGUUCCUGGCCGCUCUUCUGCCCCCAACCCAGCGUGCCCAGGACCCCGGCAUGGUGCACUACAUCUACCAGCGCUUUCAAGUCUUGGAGCAAGGACUGGAAAAAUGUACCCAAGCAAUGAGGGCAUACAUUCAAGACUUCCAAGAGUUCUCGAAAAACAUCUCCGCUAUGCUGGGAAGAUGCCAGACCUACACAAGUGAGUAUAAGAGCGCAGUGACUAACCUGGCCCUGAGAGUCGAACGUGCGCAACGCGAGAUCGACUACCUGGAGUAUUUGCGAGAAGCUGACGUGUGCGUGGAAUCAGAGGACAAAACCCUGGCGGAAAAGCUCAUCCAAGAGGCGGAAGAAGAGAAGAAGAUCCGGACUCUGCUGAAUGCGAGCUGUGACAACAUGCUGAUGGGCAUAAAGUCUCUGAAAAUAGUGAAGAAGACUAUGGACACACACGGCUCUUGGAUGAAAGACGCUGUCAGCAGUUCCCAAAAGGUUUAUUUCCUAGUUGGAUCCAGAAACAAAACUGUUUGGGAAUUUGCAAACAUGCGGGCAUUCAUGGAGGAUAGCACCAAGCCAGCCCCACGGAAGCUAAUCCUAACACAUUCCUGGCAGGGAACGGGCCAAGUGAUCCACAGAGGUUUUCUGUUUUUUCACAACCAAGGGACUCUCAAUGAGAUCAUCAAAUAUAAUCUGCAGAAGAGGACUGUGGAAGAUCGAAUGUUGCUCCCAGGAGGGGCGGGCCGAGCACUGGUUUACCAGCACUCCCCGUCGACAUACAUUGACCUGGCUGUGGACGAGCAUGGGCUCUGGGCCAUCCACUCGGGGCCAGGUGUCUAUGGCCAUUUGGUUCUCACAAAAAUUGAACCUGGCACACUGGGAGUGGAACACUCAUGGGACACUCCAUGUAGGAGCCAGGAUGCUGAAGCCUCCUUCCUUUUGUGUGGGGUUCUCUAUGUGGUCUAUAGCUCUGGCGGCCACGGCCCUCACCGCAUCACCUGUGUCUAUGAUCCGCUGGGCACUGUCAGUGAGGACGAUCUGCCCAAACUGUUCUUCCCCAGGCGGCCGAGAAGUCAUUCCGUGAUCCAUUACAACCCCAGAGAUAAGCAGCUCUAUGCCUGGAAUGAUGGAAACCAGAUCAUUUACAAACUCCAGACAAAGAGAAAGCAGCUUCUGGAGUAAUGCAGUACAGCAAGGAGGGAGAGCACUGAAGCUGUGGACACUGCUCUCUGGGACACGGAGGCCACAGCCCCUUUGCAGUACGGUAUCCCUCUGAUCGCAUACAGGGAUAGAGCCUAGAACUGGGCUUGUGUGUGCAUCCUCCCCCCGGAUGUUAUGGCCUGAGUUAUCAUCCAAGAGCAUAGAUGAGAGUCUGUCAUUUGAAAAUUUUCAACUUCCGUGACCCACCCAAACCUCCUGGCUCUCAAGGCCCUCCAAGUGCUGAUCCAGCUUAUGUCCAGACUUUCCCUUACCCCUACCUCCCCAGCCCCCUCCCCUGCCAACAAUUAGAAACAUAGCCCACUUCCUAAUACUCCUGGCUCUGUCCUGACCUUUCCUUACGCUCUUUCCCCUUUCUUAAAUGCCUAUUGGUAUUCUUCCAUUUUCCACCACCCAGCUAAAGUACAAUUUCCUAUGAUGUUUACUAUGUCCCCCAGCUCUGCCCCUUUACCAAGCUGAAGAGAUACAAGAGGAAAGUAAAACCGCUCACAUUUGAAUACCACUUGCCAGUUCCAAAGUGUUUGCUCCCAUCUGCAUCAUUUAAUUUUCAUGCCACCCUGUGAGACAUGCAGAAGAGGUCUUUUAUACUUGCCAUUGUAGAGAUGAGAGAAGUCUAGGUGAGCCAUUCAGAGGAACACAGCCUCAGAAUGAGAAUAGGGCUUGAAAAUACUGUGAAUCCCAUAGUCUUCCCAUUGCCCAAGGGAGCAUCACAUGCGAUGUUUGUUCACCCAGCCUUUUCUAAGCAAUACACUCAGCGUCUCAUCCUAAAAAAUCAUGGUCUGCCCCCUGCGGCCGGUUUUCAUGUCCGCACAAGACAUUAUGGAAAGCCCUUCCAAAGCUACUUCCUCCAGAAAACAAGCCUACAGCCUAAGGGUGAGGACCCCACCUGUAGCCUCAUCUUGUCUUAACUUCCCCUCUGUCUCUUUACUUGCUGGAAACACAAUAAAACCAACACUAAGCAAA